AUAAAAUCGUGGACAUUGGCUACGUAGUUCAAUGUUCACUUUCCAGAGGCGCUGAAACCAGCUCAAUCGCCCAUCGCAGCUAAAUCGCGAGAUUCGCGGGCAUGGCCGCUCUCAGGAUCCUCUCUGGUCUUAUGUCAAUGGGACAGGACUAACAGGUCAUAACAGAAAAUUUUCUAACCUAAAAAGUGAUUAAUUUUAAGGAUUAAUAUCUCGGCAUCUUGUUUCGCGGGAUAGAGUGACACUUUUUUCUGCCAGAUUCUUUAAUUUCGUGUAAAAACGCGUUGAAUGAACCUAAUUUCGUCAAAAUUGGAGAUAAUGGGGAUGUCCUGGAUAAUUAUCUUAUUUUGCAGGCCAUAAAAAAUUUAUAGACGGGCUGUGAAUUGCACAUCACUGGUCUAUGGCAUUUUAUUUUCUCGUUAAAUAUUUACAAGAGGAUCAUGACUCGUAGGAAACAUGGUAUUGCUCGAUAGGAAAUCUAAACCGAUGAUGCAGUAACGAAGACUCAGCCAUCGAUCAUGCUCACGUUAAAAGAUUAAGGGAUACAAGUUAAAUGCCCUUGUUACGCAAGGUGCUACUGAGGUUGACAAUCCUCGCGUUAUUCUUGUUAGCUUUAUAUUGCUAUCAGACAUCCGAUGGAGGACGCUGGAUCGUUUCCAACUUGCAAACAAGAAAUGCAAGUUUGGCAAACCUUACGGCUGCCUCAGCAGCGACUGCUUAUUCUGUUAAUUAUAUGUCUUCAACAGCGAGCAUUUUGCCACGAAAUCAGACAAAUUAUUAUAAUGUAUGGUGCAUUUUUACUAAAGUUGCCUCAAAUUCGCCUAUGAGACGCAAAUUCCAAAUAUUCACAGAUUCUUUGCUCAGAUUUACUUCUGUAGACAUUACUUUUCAUGUCAUAAGCGAUGAUGACAGUCAAGACAUAGCUGCGACUGUUAUCAAAAAUGUUAUGAUCAGCACUGGAAAAUUUAUGAAAGUAUGUCCUUUUUUAAUCUUAUUUUUAAUGAAUUAACCCAUCAUUUUGACAUCAAAAUAAUAACAAAUAAUGUCAGCUUAUUACCUGGGAAAUAUAUCAAAACAAAUAGCGUACAUAGAGAUGU